AUGUUCAAGCAACCGGGAACGCAGAUCAAGUGUGGCACGCCGUUCACGAUGCUCGGAGUAGCAUCGGAUCGCUCAACUCGCUGUCUUGCUCGUCCCACAGGCUGACAAACGUUUCGAUCGUGAGGCUGAAGAAGGCCGGCAAACGUUUCGAGGUACACACCGACUUGAUCUACUCUUUCCAUGCGAAGCGGGAAUUGGCCUCUGAAUUUAUAUUUGCCUAUUCCUCAGAUCGCAUGCUACAAAAACACCGUCAAGGCUUACCGAUCGGGUGCCCAGACCGAUUUGUCUGAAGUGAUCCAAAUCGACAACGUCUUCACCAACGUCUCCAAGGGCCAGGUCGCACCUUCGGAUGACCUCCAAAAGGCGUUCAACACCACCGAGGUGCAGAACAUCAUGAUGGAGAUUUUGGACAAGGGCGAACUGCAGGUUGGGGAGAAGGAACGCGCGGCCGAAUUGGACGACCUGAGGAGGGAGAUUUGCUCCGAGGUUGCAGCGAGGUGUGUCGAUCCUGGUACGCAGAGACCGCAUACGACGGGGAUGAUUGAGAAGGCCAUGAACGAGGUCGGGUACAGCGUCAAGAGUCACAAGAGUGCCAAGGUUCAGGUAAGCCUCUCUCUCCCUUUUCUCGGUCGUCCCCGACGAUGAGUGCUCUGAUGCCAAGCCGGUCAUCUUUUCACCCAGGCCCUGGAUUUGAUCAAGGUGCUGCAAGCCAACAAGACCUUACCGAUCGCACGGGCACGGAUGAGGGUCAGGGUCACCAUGCCAGCAAAGGAGGGCAAGAAGAUCAAGGACAAGGUCUUGGCGCUCGUCGCUAAAGUCGAAGAUGACGAAUGGAACGACGAGUGGGAGCUUGCAAGUCUUCGAAUCAGCCUUUCCUUUCUCGAAAGACGAACGCUCACUGACAUUUGCUGUUGCUGUGCUUUUGUGUUGUUGUGUCCGACGCCCAUAGAUCGCCUUGAUCGACCCUGGAUCGUUCAAGCUGAUCGACGAGCUGCUGCAUUCUGAAGUCAAGGCAGGCAAAGGGGGUGCUUCGGCGAAGAUCGAGAUGAUCAGUUUCAGCGCCGUUGAAGGGGAGGAGAGGACCGAGUAG